CGCUGAGGGGGGAGAGAAGGAGCGGGAGACAGAUUGUGGGGUGGAGCGCGGGCGGGCAGGAGGCGGCGGAGCUACCAGCGGCUCCGCUCAGCUAUAUGAAAUAUGGGAGACGACAGACCGUUUGUGUGCAAUGCCCCGGGCUGUGGACAGAGAUUUACAAACGAGGACCACCUGGCAGUUCAUAAACACAAGCAUGAGAUGACAUUGAAAUUUGGCCCAGCCCGAACUGACUCAGUCAUCAUUGCAGAUCAAACUCCUACGCCAACUAGAUUCCUAAAGAACUGUGAGGAAGUGGGGCUCUUCAAUGAACUAGCUAGCUCCUUUGAGCAUGAAUUCAAGAAAGCUUCAGAUGACGAUGAGAAAAAGGCUGCUACUGGGCCCCUUGACAUGUCUCUGCCUUCCACACCAGAAGUCAAAAUCAAAGAAGAAGAACCUGUGGAGGUAGAUUCAUCCCCACCUGACAGUCCUGCAUCUAGUCCCUCCUCCCCACCACUCAAGGAGAAGGAGGUUGUCCCAAAGCCUGUUGUGAUCUCAACCCCAACACCUACCAUCGUCCGCCCUGGCUCCCUGCCUCUCCACUUGGGCUAUGAUCCACUUCACCCAACCCUUCCCUCCCCAACCUCCGUCAUAACCCAGGCUCCACCAUCCAACAGGCAGCUGGGGUCUCCCACUGGCUCCCUCCCUCUCGUCAUGCAUCUUGCUAAUGGACAGACCAUGCCUGUACUGCCAGGGCCACCAGUACAAAUGCCUUCUGUUAUAUCGCUGGCCAGACCUGUGUCCAUGGUACCCAACAUUCCUGGUAUCCCUGGCCCACCACUUAACAGCAGUGGUUCUGUUUCUCCCUCUGGCCACCCAAUGCCAUCAGAAGCCAAAAUGAGAUUAAAAGCCACUCUAACCCAAGUCUCCUCAAUCAAUGGUGGCUGUGGAAUGGUGGUGGGUACUGCCAGCACCAUGGUGACAGCCCGUCCAGAGCAAAGCCAGAUCCUCAUUCAGCAUCCUGAUGCCCCAUCGCCUGCCCAGCCACAGGUAUCACCAGCCCAGCCCACCCCUAGCACCGGGGGAAGACGGCGACGCACGGUGGAUGAAGAUCCAGAUGAACGGAGACAGCGCUUUUUGGAGCGCAACAGAGCUGCAGCCUCCCGUUGCCGUCAAAAACGGAAGCUGUGGGUAUCCUCCCUAGAGAAGAAGGCAGAGGAACUCACUUCCCAGAACAUUCAGCUGAGUAAUGAAGUCACAUUACUACGCAAUGAAGUGGCUCAAUUGAAACAGCUUCUUUUAGCUCAUAAAGAUUGCCCUGUCACUGCACUACAGAAAAAGACCCAAGGCUAUCUAGAAAGCCCUAAGGAAAGCUCAGAGCCAACGGGUUCGCCAGCCCCUGUGAUUCAGCACAGCUCAGCAACAGCCCCCAGCAAUGGCCUCAGUGUUCGCUCUGCUGCUGAAGCUGUGGCCACCUCGGUCCUCACUCAGAUGGCCAGCCAAAGGACAGAACUGAGCAUGCCAAUUCAGUCGCAUGUGAUCAUGACCCCACAGUCCCAGUCUGCUGGCAGAUGAUGCCUUCCCUGGUGGAGAGGUCCCCAGUCAGAGCUCGCCCACUUCAAGAACCAAGGGAGAUACCAUCUUAUACACUCCCAUCUACCUUGGAUGUGGGAAUAUGGAGGGGAAAUUGUGUGUUGUGAGUCAUGGACAGGUGUGGGGCUUUAUUCUUCAGCUACGUGGUCAUAUACAUUUGACACCUGUAUUAGGAUCCACCCAGCCCCAGAGCCACAUAGAUCGUCCCUCUACCCGUGGGGGUUUCUGAUGUACACAUAACCAAAGGCCUUUCCAGAUGGUCAGAACAAUCAGUCUUGCCCCAUGCACGUAUACUAAACUCUUUUAACACUAACUCUUGCACUUCUUGGUUUGGGGUUUCUCAGUUUCUUCUCUUCUCAUUAAACUGUCACUGUUACCUUCUUGUUCCAUAAUAGCAUCUUGUCACUUCCUCUCAGUAGAGAGAGGCUAGAUUUGAUGGCUGUCACAUACUUAAUUCAUCCCCAGCCUCUCUAUGGACUCAGGACUUUUUCUCCCAGUAGCUGCUUCUUUACUCCUCUUUUUCUCCCUCAGCUCUAGUUCAAACAUUCACUUAUGGAGAAUCUAAGGUUACUUUUGAUUUAUGAAAUAGCAGUAUUUUCCAGCUCUUGCAUAAACUUUAGUCCUUCAUCUACCAAACAAAAUACAGGAAUUUCAUUGUAAUUUUGUUGUUUCCAUUUAUUUUCAGAGCCAUUUGGGUACUUUAUCUUUUGACUUUACCUAAUAAUAUAGUGGUGGGGUCUUUUCCACCUCCUCACUAAGCCUUGAAAAC